CCGCAUUCUCCCUCGGGGCGCGGCGCGGGCUAGUUUGUAAAUAGCGUUGGCACCGUUCCCCCGCGCCGCGGUAUAAAUUGCACCCUCAGCCCCAGCCCGGCACUGGCUCAAGCAGGUACUGGUACAACGGCAACAGCCCACCUGGGUCAGCAUGGCUUCUGAACAUCACCUGCCGCUCUCUAAGCAACAGACCAACCCGAAGAUCGCCAUCUUCGAGCAGGAAAACUUCCAGGGGCGCUGCCAUGAAAUCAAUGGGUCCUGCACCAGUUUGAAGGAAGCCGGAGUGGAGAAAGUGGGCUCCAUCCUGGUGCACUCUGGACCCUGGGUUGGUUACGAGCAGGCCAACUGCAAAGGGGAGCAGUUCGUGUUCGAGAAGGGAGAGUACCCGCGCUGGGAUGCCUGGACCAACAGCCGGAGGAGCGACAUCAUCGGGUCCCUGCGACCCAUCAAAGUGGACAGCCAAGAGCACAAGAUCGUUCUCUUCGAAAACCCCAGCUUCACUGGCAAGAAGAUCGAGAUCAUCGAUGACGACGUGCCCAGCUUCCACGCUCACGGCUACCAGGAGAAGGUGUCCUCCGUGAGGGUGCAGAGUGGCACGUGGGUGGGGUACCAGUACCCAGGCUACAGAGGUUACCAGUACCUGUUUGAAAAGGGGGAAUACAAAGACAGCUCGGAGUUCGGCGCCCAGCACCCCCAGAUCCAGUCCGUCAGGCGCAUCCGGGACAUGCAGUGGCAUCAGCGAGGGGCUUUCCACCCCACCAACUAGAGCCCCUCUCCCCUCCCGAGUGCCUGGAAGAGGAAGGGAAGCGAGACGAGCUUUCCCGUG